AUGCAGUACUCAUUUGUGGCCGCGUUGGCCAUGGCAGUCCUGCCUUUGGUGACUGCUGAGCUCAGCUGGGAAGAAGCCUAUGUAAAGGCGCGAGCAGCUGUUGCCAAAAUCACGACAUCGGACAAGGUUGGCAUCGUAACUGGAGUUGGUUGGAACAAGGGACCAUGUGUGGGAAACACCUAUCCCGUCGCUUCAAUCGGAUAUCCCACUCUUUGCCUGCAAGACGGACCUCUUGGAGUCCGGUACGCAUCCUCCGUCACGGCCUUCACCCCCAGCGUCCACGCAUCCUCAACAUGGGACAAAGAUCUCAUCCGCCAACGUGCCCAGUUCCACGCCGAGGAAGCCAGAGCACUCGGUGUUCACGUCCUCCUCGGCCCUGUGGCUGGCGCCAUCGGCAAGAUCGCCGAGGGCGGCCGCAACUGGGAGGGAUGGGGAUCAGACCCUUACCUCAACGGCCUCAACUCGGCCAUCUCCAUCAAGGCCAUGCAGGCCGCGGGCGUGCAGGCGACCCUCAAGCACUACGUCGCCAACGAGCAGGAGCUCAACCGCGACUCCAUGUCCUCCAACGUCGACGACCGCACCAUGCACGAGAUCUACCUGUGGCCGUACGCCGAGGCCGUCCACGCAGGCGUCGUCGCCGUCAUGUGCAGCUACAACAGGCUCGACGGCACCUGGGCCUGCGAGAACGACCACUACCUCAACGGCCUGCUCAAGGAGGAGCUCGCGUUUCCGGGGUACAUCAUGACGGACUGGGGCGCCCAGCACUCGACAGUGGAGAGCGCCAACACCGGCCUGGACAUGUCCAUGCCGGGGUCAGCGUGGGCCGGCGACAACGUCUACUGGGGCGACAACCUCUCCCGCGCCAUCCAGUCCGGCCAGGUGUCCGAGGAGCGUGUGGGCGACAUGGCCACGCGCAUCCUCGCGGCCUGGUACAAGACCGGCCAGGACGCCGGCUUCCCCUCCAUCGACCUGAACCGCGACGUGCAGGCGAACCACAAGGACAACGUCCGGGCGGUGGCGCGCGACGGCACCGUCCUGCUCAAGAACGAGGGCGGGAUCCUGCCACUCUCUGGCCCUCUGAGCAUCGCGGUCGUGGGGUCUGGAGCCGUCAAGGGCGACCACGCCAACAACGUGUGCGAGGACAAGGCCUGCAACAACGGGGCGCUGGGGAUGGGCUGGGGUUCUGGAACGGUCAAGUAUCCGUAUUUUAUCGCGCCAUACGAUGCCAUCAAGGGGCGAGCGGACAAGGAGGGCGCCGCCGUGACGCUAAGCGGGACUGACGAGCCUGAUGCUGGGGCCAGAGCUGCUAGUGGCAAGGACGUCGCGCUAGUCUUUCUCACGAGCGAUGCGGGAGAGGGGUAUCUGACUGUUGAGGGGCAUCUGGGUGAUAGGAAUCAUCUGGAGCCGUGGCAUAAUGGCGCUGAGCUGGUCCGGGCCGUGGCAGCGGUCAGCGAGAACGUGAUCAUCGUGGUACACUCUGUUGGGCCCGUCACCCUCUCACCCCUCCUCGAGCUGCCUUCGGUCAAGGGCGUGGUCUGGGCCGGGCUUCCAUCUCAAGAGAGCGGUAAUGCCCUCGUGGAUGUUGUCUGGGGAGAUGUGAGCCCGAGCGGGAAGUUGGUCUACACUAUUGCCAAGAGUGCGGCCGAUUACAACACAAAGGUAGUCAACGGUGACGACAACUUCAGCGAAGGACUUCUCGUCGACUAUCGCCAUUUUGACGACGCGGGAAUUGAGCCUGAAUUUGAGUUCGGUUUUGGGUUGUCCUACACCAACUUUUCGUACUCCGAUAUCACUAUUGAUUCACAGCUCAGUAGCGGCCCCGCCACUGGCCCAGUUAUCCCCGGAGGUCAUGCGGACCUCUUCGAGGAGGUGGCCACAGUCACCGCCACCAUCACCAACUCGGGCGGUGUUGCAGGCGCUGAAGUGGCACAACUCUACAUUUCAUUCCCAGACUCCGCUGGCACACCUCCUCGUCAACUAAGAGGUUAUGACAAGCUCCCGCUCCAGGCGGGUGCAUCAGGAGUUGCAACCUUUUCCCUCCUUCGUAGGGAUCUGAGUGUCUGGGAUACGGCCGCACAAGUUUGGACUGUGCCCGCAGGCAAAUUUGUUGUCAGCGUGGGAGCAAGCAGCAGAGAUAUCAGGCUCGAAGGUACCAUUCAGGCGGCUUAG